AACGUUCACCUACAAGAGCCAGCUUUAAGAGCCGACUCGUUCGCAAACGACCCAUCUCUAUUGGUUAGAAAUACUCCUCAAAGGGCAAGGAACGCAACAUUUUUAAAGGAGCUUUCCAUCAACAUACUAUGGGGAUAUAGCUGAAAACGGCUGUUUAAUUAGCAAGAUGUAUAGACCUAAUUUGAUUUUUGUUUUAUAUUUUUCACUAGAAUGUAUUUGCCUGAGCCAAAGCGACAUCUACUCCCUGAAUUACAUCUACACUGCCCUGUCAAAGCCACUAGAAUUGCCUGGUAUCCAUGAGUUCACUGCCAUGGGUCUGAUGAAUGACAAACAGAUUGAUUACUAUGACAGUGUGGCAAAGAAGAAGAUUCCCAAACAGGACUGGAUGAGGGAGAAGCUGCCAGCAGACUACUGGGAUAAAGGCACUCAGUCACGCAAGAGCAAGGAGCAGUGGUUCAAAGUCAACGUCAACAUCCUGAUGGAUCGCAUGAUGCACAACAACACUGAUGUGCAUAUCCUUCAGUGGAAACAUGGCUGUGAGAUUGACCGACAGAGUGACGGCACAUUGAAAUUCAUAAAGGGCACAGACCAGUACAGCUACGAUGGUGACGACUUCCUGGCCUUUGAUGAUGCCAAUAUGCAGUGGGUGGCCCCAGUUGAUCAAGCUCUGCCGACUAAGAGGAAGUGGGACGGGGUCCAGAUCCUCAACCAGUACACCAAGGGCUACCUGGAGAAGGAGUGUGUGGACUGGCUUUCCAAAUUCAUGAAAUAUGAGGACAAAGAAUUCAGUAGGGCUGAUUCCCCUCCAAAGGUCUAUGUAUUUGCUAAAAAGGCCAAAACUGCAGGACAUGUCCGACUGACCUGCAUGGCCACAGGUUUCUAUCCCAAAGAUGUAGAAAUGCAUAUUAAGAAGAAUGGUGUUCCAUUGACCGAACGUGAUGGAGUGCAGUCUACAGGAGUCCUACCCAAUGAUGAUGACACCUACCAGAUCAGGAUGAGUGUGCAGAUCCCAGAGGCAGAUAAGGAAACUUAUGAAUGUUAUGUCGACCAUAGAACUUUGAAGAAGCCAAUUGUGGGAAAAUGGGAUGGAGAAUGUUGUGAUUGCAGUAGUGGCACUGCUGUAGUCAUUGGGGCAGUCAUCGCCAUUAUUGUAGUUCUGAUCUUGAUUUCGGUGGUCCUGUUUGUUCUGCACAAAAGCGGGACAAUUGUGAUUCCUGGCUUGAGAACUAGAGCCACGGAUGAUGAAAGCAGAACCUCAUCAGACUCUGGCAGCCAGAACGCAGGGUCCUCAGACAGAGGCAGUGAGGAGGACGUUAAGAAGUCAAUGCUGCCUCAGGAAAGUGUCUAGAUGACCGUUGGUGGCCAAACUUCCUGACCGGACCAUGAAGGACAGUCAAUUCAUUUCAUAAUUUUUUAGUAUGGCUAGAGCUGUUUCGGUGUGGCCACGAGUCAUGACGGCAGUCACAUUCCACAUGACCGUUUAGUCACGCUAAUUCGACUUCUCCAAGCUCUGAUGCUGCUGAUGGUCAUUAGUAGCCUACCAAACUGGCUAACUCUAUUGUCCCUUUAAUCACUCUGAGAUUAAUGCAAAUCUAAUCAAAAAUCUAAUCAAACACUUCAUGAGAGCCCAUGAGCUCAUGUUGCUCAAAUAUUUCUAUAGGCUAUGCAAUUGCGUGAGAAAACAGCAUGAUGGUCAUUAUAAAAAAUAGGAUUCCAUCAGCUUUCCAUAUACUAGGCCUACUAUAUUUUAUUUGUCAACUAUCCUAGUAUUAUAAGCACAUUGCUUCUCUUUAAAACAGGAGUAUAGUCUACUGACGUAUUUAUUUCAGCUGCCCCUGUUUCCAUACAGGUUCAUGAUAAUGGUCCAUUCUAAAUCAAAACCAAUUUCACACGCAAACUAUUUAGUAUAUGUAAAGACGAGAUUAAAUCAAGAAUAGUCUGAUGGGUGACAAUUUUAGCCUAUCAGUGAUAGGCUGAUAUUGUCACCCAUCAGACAAUUUUUUUUCAACCUUUAUUUAACUAGGCAAGUCAGUUAAGAACAAAUUCUUAUUUUCAAUGACGGCCUAGGAACAGUGGGUUAACUGCCUGUUCAGGGGCAGAACGACAGAUUUGUACCUUGUCAGCUCGGGGGUUUGAACUUGUAACCUUCCGGUUACUAGUCCAACGCUCUAACCACUAGGCUACCCUGCCGCCCCUUGAGUGAUAUACAGUGGCUUGCGAAAGUAUUCACCCCCUUGACAUUAUUCCUAUUUUGUUGCCUUACAACAUGAAGAUAAACACUUUGAAGAUAAAAUAUUUUUUAUUGUGAAACAAGCAAGAAAUAAGACAAAAAAACGGAACAUUUGAGUGUGCAUAGCUAUUCAUCUCGGGGUGUUGAGUUUGCGCCAGACAUAGCGUUUAUCUUGAUGGCUGAAAAACUCAAUUUUAGUCUCAUCUGACCAGAGUACCUUCUUCCAUAUGUUUGGGGAGUCUCCCACAUGUCUUUUGACGAACACUUUAAGCAAUGGCUUUUUUCUGGCCACUUUACAGAAGCCCAGCUCUGUGGAGUGUAUGGUUUAAACUGGUCCGAUGGACAGAUACUCCAAUCUACACUGUGGAGCUUUGCAGCUCCUUCAGGGUUAUCUUUAGUCUCAUUGUUGCCUCUGAUUUAUGCCCUCCUUGCCUGGGCUGUGAGUUUUGGUGGGCAGCCCUCUAUUAGCAGGUUUGUUGAGGUGCCAUAUUAUUUCAAUUUUUUAAUAACAGAUUUAAUGGUGCUCCAUGGGAUGUUCAAUUUUUUUAUAACCCAACCCUGAUCUGUACUUCUCCACAACUUUGUCUCUGACCUGUUUGGAGAGCUCCUUGGUCUUCACAGCGCGUGAGUUUGAAGUUUGGGGAAGAUAUUUUUUUACCAUAAAAAUGCACCUUUAUAAACAAAAAAAAGCAUUUCAUGCAUAAUCACAUUUGUGGUCAGUUUUGAGAAUGGCGUUCUCCUGCUAAUGGAACAUUUGCGCUUAUAGCCUACUGCCGUGUGCUCAUUGCUGCGCUUAUAGCCUACUGCCGUGUGCUCUUUGCUGCGCUUAUACUGUGAAGAAAUACCCUGAUAGUUGAUCAACAUUCAACAUCUUCAGGCUCAUUACUUGAAACAGGUGUGUUUUUAAUGCUAGUGGUUGUAUUCAUUUGGGAUCUAUCGCAUCCCACAACUGUGCCAGACGGUUUGGAAUAUUUAGAUCUUGCACAGAAUAGAAUGGGUUAACUUUUGUACUAUGGGGGAUAGUAGUGAAUGUAUUAUGUCGUGUAUUUCAUUAUUUUACUGUUGCAAUGGAUGUUUCUUAGAGGCAUCUUUAAGGUAUUUGUAUAAUGCUUCAGGGUUAUAUAAGCCUAGAGGUAUAGGCUGAUAUGUUUUCUUACCUCUGGCCAAACAAUAUCUUGUUUUACGUUUCUGCAAAUAUAUGUACAAAUUAUUAUGAUGUUUAAUAUUAUAGAGCAUAUAGAGCAUCCUUGGGGUAUUUGCAAUAUUGUUUGUUAUGAUUGUUUAUCCUGGCCAAGAUGGGCAGCACCACGUUGUACACAAUUACAGUCAGACGACAUGAAAAAGUAAAAUAGUAAAAACCAUUUAUGGUAGUGGCCAUAAUGAUAUUAAAAACAUUGACAGGUCAAGGAAUCAGCCACAAAAUCCUUCAUCAAUGAUUUAAAAACACCAAUCGGGACAAGUUCUCCCAGUUUAAACUAUUUUGGAAGGCGUUCCAAGCCUAUGGUGCAGAAUAAAUAAAAGCCUUUUUAUCAAAUUCAGUUUGGACAUGUGGAAUAGUUAGCAAACAGUCCGGCAUACAGAGUUCCCACCACAUUUCUGAAUAAUACAAAUGCCCAAAUUAAAUGGUAGUAAACCCAAAAUGGCUUUGUAAAGUAUACCAGUGACUGAGCCUACCUGUGACUAGAGAAGGCAAGCCAACCCUAUUUAUGAAUAGGGACUCUAGGAUUAUGAACUUUACCUGUGGACUAAAUGCAUUCACAAAAUGAUUUCAUUCAUUUCUCAUUGCAUUAAUCUGUUACAAUUCACUAAACCACUGUUACAUGACUUAUUGCAUACAUACAUGCCUACAGAUGUACACACACACACACACAAUGCAUGUAACCUGUACUGCUUUUGAAACAUCCUGCAUGAUUUGUUAUUCUGAAUAAAAAAACAAUUAUAAAAGCCA